AUGAUGUUAAAGAUUUCGAAUAAUAAUUACUUUAUAUUACUGAUUAUUCAGUUGGGACAAAACUAUGUGGAAAUUCUUAAUAACUUGACACUUCAUUUUAAAUCAAAGUCAAUUCUAUAGCCCAUACUUUUGAUAACGCCAUAAUUAAAUUUUACGUAUUAGGAACAACUACUGUUGGUAAUUAAAUUUUAAAAAUUAGGUCGUUGGGGGAUUAGAGAACUGUAGAUUUAAGCAGAUAAGAAAGUUUUUACCAAAUCAUUUGUAAAGGAUGAUAAAUCGAUGGUUUUUUGGUAUAGUUUUACAGAUGCCCUUCAAAUAAUGGAUUGUUAAAAUUAGAAUUUUAAACUAGUUUAUAUUUAGAGAGAUAAAAUCCUACGUAAACAACUCACAAGCAUUCCAAAUCACUAGAGGAUUUUAGUAAGUUUUGAAGUAGUUGUGAUAUAUCAAUUCAAAUUCAAUAAUUCUAGAUAUCUUUAUUUAAAUAUUGAUGGACAAAAUGUUUGGAAAUAAAACUUUAUCUUGACUUCCGAGAUUAGUCUAUGUGAUAGUACUAAUAGAAGCUAAAAAUUCUUUUUUGAAGCAUGGCUAGAUCAUUCAAGUUCGACAGCCAUAUUAGAGUUUUAAGCUGAUGGAAGUAUAUCAAAUAUAUUACAUACUCAUAGGUGGACUAUUAGAACCAGCCAUUUAUUUUGGUCUCAGAAAUAUUAAUAUAUAAUAUGAGAAGAUUUUGGUAUCCUGA